ACAAAUAAAUAAAUAAUAACUUUUUAAAAAGUAAGCAAAUUUAUUAAUAAAUAAAUAUUAACUUUAAUCACCAAUAGAGCAGUUUCAGUUUACAUCCCAGAGACAUCUGGGUUUCCCCUUCAGUGCUACUUUCUUUGUAAAUGGAAUCAUGGCAGCCAGGAUCAGUUCCUGCUGUGAGUACAGAUUUGCCCCUGGCUUUCAGCAAGGCCGCAGGAGCUGCUUCAGACUGACCCGUCUAAAUGGAGGAAAACCCUGCUACAAGUGAGAUACAGUAUGAUGGCAUGCAUCAUCAAGAAAAAGAUUUAAAGCAGGAUUUCUUCUCAAGACCAAAUGGGUUGUCAUUGCAAACAUUUUCUCUUUUUACAGAUGUGUGAAUUCAAGGCACGGUAUUGGCACCCAAGCGAUCGAUAGUCCAGCUCUAGCCUUGCAACAAUCCAUCAGUUCUAAUGAAGGUAUUAUGGAGUCGUGCCUUCUUCCCCUUUGUUCGUCCCUCUUGGAAUGGAAAGAUCGGUGCAGAAGAUCAGAAAGCUCUCUAAAGAUGGAGGUGCUUUGUCUACAGACAGUGAAGAUGUAAAUAGCAGUGCAAAAGAAAGAAAACGUCACAAACACCAUAAAGGACCACGCAGCCAACAAGGAGAGGGCAAAAGUUUGGAAGAAUCGCAAGCACAUAAAAAUGGGAAUGAACCUGAAGACAAACCACCUUCCAACACCAAAGAACAACUGCAAACAUCAGCAAAAGAACAUGUGCAAGGCAAGGAGAAUUCAGUGACUGAAAACAAACCUAAAGUGCCAGAUUCAUUGCAGGAAGGAAAAACCCUGACUAAGCGCGACGGCGAGAAAACAAUGGAUGCUUCGAAAUCGCAUGGAAAAAGCAGGAACAGGGAAAGACUGAGGGACUUCUAUAAAGAAUGUGUUGAAAUGAGCACUGGUCUGGAAUCAGGCCUAGAGCAACAGAGGUGGUUCAAAGUAAACAAGUUUGAGAGGAACAAAAUCAAAGAACAACUCACUUCAGGACUCACUGCCAACAGCUCAGCAUCAGAGGUGGAAUUUAGUGAGGAAAGUGACAAUAGUCUCACAGAAGCAAGGAAACCUAAAAUGAAUAAUAAGCAAGGUUAGUAUAACUGAUAAGUUCAAGCUCUGUAUGUGUGCUAAUGAUUUAUGAUCAAUAUCUCCUAUAAUAUUAAAAAUGUGUAUGUGU